UUGCUUUGUUGUCAACGAAUGCGGCUUCCUGUACCAUUACGUCAUCGCUCUUGCGUCAGACACUCCUCCAAAGAUGCAAAACCCAAGAUUAUGAUUAUACGUAACCACUUCGCUUCAAUUUCAAACCCCUUCUUCAAGAACGCGAACAUCAAAUAGAUCACAUAAUCUGCAAGCAUGACUAGCAACAUCCUCAUCGUGGGAGCCACUCGAGGGCUGGGAGCUUCCCUAGCCGCACUAUACUCGAAGAACCCUUCCAUCCACGUAUUCGGGACCUCCAGAUCCUCCACGCCACCCUCAGAGCCCAAAAUCACUUGGCUGACAGGAAUCGACGUCUCUGAGUCUAAUGUCGGAGAGAAAUUAGUCUCUCAAGUCCCACCAUCGACCAAAUUCUCAACCGUCAUCAUCACCGCGGGGUACUUUGGCCUCGAGACCUUCGACACUCCCGACUGGGAGAAACAGACCAAAAUGUACACCGUGUCCGCCAUAAGCCCGGUUUUUAUCGUGCAUCAUCUGGUUAAAGCAGGGCUUUUGGAGAACGGGAGCAAAGUAAUCAUCGUCAGCAGCGAGAGCGGUAGUAUCACCCUUCGGCAUGAGAAGGAGGGUGGAGGCAACUAUGGCCAUCAUGCUAGUAAAGCAGCGUCAAAUAUGGUGGGGAAGCUGUUGAGCCUGGAUCUCAAGCCUCAUGGGAUUGCGGUGGGUCUGGUUCAUCCGGGGUUCAUGCGUACGGAGAUGACCAAAGGUGUUGGAUUUGAUAAGUUUUGGGAUGAUGGUGGAGCCGUGACACCCAACGAAGCUGCCGAGUCGCUGGCUUCGUUUAUCGAGACUUUUGAUAUUAGCAAGACCGGUCAGUACUGGGCACCAAGGGGCCCGCGGGACAUUGGCACGGCGGAGAGUGUCCUCGGAAAGGACUUGCCAACUCCUCUACAGUUGCCGUGGUAAUGACUUGGUCUACAAAGCUGUCUUGAGAGAUAAUGUGAACUUCAUUGCAUUAAUUUGCUUUGUUUUGUUUUUGUUGGGUCUCAUUUAUUGUGACAGCAUGAUCAGGACGGAAGAUGUAGGGCAAUUUAUGCCCAAAAAGAAGAUCACAACUAAGAUCAAAUAUAAGAACCAGGUCAUGGCCCAUUCAAUGUCUCCAUCGGCGAAAUCGGAGCGGUAGAUGAUGAAAACCGGAGAGAAGAAAGAUCCAGGACUCCGAGGGGAGGUCAAGUAGCAGGCGAUUGACUUUUGGCCGUAUAUUCGAGAAGGAGAAAGGUCCAGAUUCAAUAUAUCCAUAGAUGUUGAUGGACGAUGCCCUGAUAAGAGGCAAUGGUGGCGGCCCCAGAUGAAGAGCUUGGAGGGUCGGUGGAGA